UGGCGUGCGAAUCCAUGCAAUAACGCGCGAAGCCCGUUAAAUAACCCCUAUAUCAUCAUUCUGUUGUGAUUCAAGUGCUUCAUAUAUUCGCAGUUCCCUCUGCUCACACUCACUGAGUGUCCAAUCACCAAAGCGCGCGCAUCCUCCGCAGUCUAUACUAUCCGUAUCGGUCAUUGAGAUGGCACGAUUUUCUCUCUGCGUCUUUCUUCUCACCUUUCUCGUCGGACGUGGAUACUCUAGUUCGAUUCUAGAGCAUGUUCGGACCAGGAGUCGCUCAUCAAGCGAGACCGACGGGCACGAACGGCUGCAGGAAGUUGGAAAAAGCGACCACUCGCGGGUGAUUAUCAAUUACCAGGGAAGCCCACGACUGUGUAAGGCGAGUCCAAAAGUCGUAGCGGCGUUCGAGAAUCUGUUAGGCAACGUUAGCGAGGCGAAAUCGAGCACGAAACGACGAGAGAUAAGUACAAUGUCGUUUCUUUACGUUCUGAAGUCGUCCGACUCUCCUGACCGACGUCUUCCGUUGGCUCGAAAACUACAGGAUCAACUGUGGUACAUACUGAACGAUUUAGAGCAAGUACGAGCGACCGAAGUCGUCAAUAACGUCAGCUCGAGAAUAGACAACUGGUACGAUGUCGUCACACCAUUCGUCGAAGAUUUACAGACUGUUGACCUAACGCCAGUGAAGCUCUGGCUUAACACGACUUAUUUAAACUUCCGCAACCAAUAUGCAGUCUAUGGUAAUCUAAUGGAAAAUGUGACAUCGUUAGUGUGCGAUUCCCUAACACGAACAACAUCGAACACACUAGUGAAAGCUCUCAAUGAAGUCUCAACCGAUUUUGUCGCACAGAUGGAGGUGAUUGGACACCAAUGGGACACGAUGAGAAAAAAGCUAGUGCGACUAUCCAGGCACGUCUUGAAUUUGUCCGGCAUGCUUCAUGACAUCAACCGAACCAGUGCGCAAAUCGAAAGUCUCUGGAUUCACGUGAGGAAGCUCAAUGUGUCGUUCAGUCAACUCGGACGCCAACUCCGUCCGCACAACCAUCGCCAUGAUGACCUAUUCGACAUUUUAGUUUCUCGCAUUAACCGAAGUUGGAAAACGGCUCUAACUCGUUACAUUCCCAAUAUAAACGACGCACUACUAACGAGACUGACCGAAUCCAUGAUUGCAGUCAGACAGGCCCAAGAAAACCUGCAGAUGGCGAUGAUUAAUAUAAAUUCGGAAACAUUUCGGGCUCUCGGAGCCUAUAACGGACAAGAAAACAGUACGAAGAUGCCUCCAGCGUUCAAAGAAUUAGCUAUGCUGCUUCGCGCCUUGGACUCGCUGCCGACCGACGAGAAGAAGAGAUGGAUAUCAGACGGCGAGAGGCACGCCCGCAAAAUCAUAAACAAGAUGCAAACGCGAGUUACAAGUUAGAACCGAACCAGACGAGAAAUCUUUAAAAGUAGUUUGAAAUAUGACGUACUAUACAUAGCUAAGUAGCUGAUAGAACAAUAUGGCAUUCGACUAUUUAUCUAUUCAAGAGAAUUAGCACCAUGGUUGGGAAUAGAAUCAGUGCAACAGUUAGCACCAGCUUGAAGUGAAUGCAUACACUGUAUAGUAAG